AGAAAUGACAUGAAGCGAGACGAUGCUAUGAAGACUAGAUAGAAGAAUGUAGAAUGUCUUAAUAAUGUUGCUCCUGAUUUUAGCACUACUUCUGGAUGUGAUCACGUGUGAAGUUACCUUUGUUGCUCUUCCUCCAGCCUCUCCAGUCUCAAUACCUGGCACUCGGAUAUUAGUUAAGAAUAUUGAUAAAACAAGUCCAGAUUACCGAGCUCAGGAAUCUAACCUGUUACGAGGGAGUGCAGUGGUGGAGGACACACAAGAUAGACAACAGUUUCAUAGUCUUAUACAGGAUGGAACAGGUACGUUAUACUCUACCAACAGUCUGGUGACGCACGCAUGUUCGCUCCAAGAACACCAGGCAGACCAGUUCUUCUACGAGGCAAUGCCGAGCGAGUUUAAAGCGGGCCUGGGAGCCUUGGUGCCGUGUUUAGUGACCGGUAUACCUACACCUGACAAGACUGUUGUCAGGUGCAGUUCCAGCUCCUGCGAAAAAACUGUAAAGAUCAGAUUUUCUGACCAUGUUGUGACAGCGGAUGGACACUUGGUUAUCAGAAACUCUUCUGAAGCUGACUCAGGAUGGUAUAGAUGUGAAGCACGGAACGUUUGUGGCAAUCUCGCUUCAACCCCCAUCCUUAUAACAGUCAGGAAGGAUUUGAGUGGGGAGGCGAAUAAUCAGAAGUAUUAUGUUAUGUCACGUAGAACCGAAAUCUUCGAUUUGAACGAAACAGAGGAUGAACACUUAGGUUCCAUGAAAGAGCUAAAAAGAGAAAUGACUGAGUACGAGCUCUGGAAGCUGAACACAACAAGACCGGCUUUCUACGACGAGGUUUUCUACCCUCAACCGCGCGGCAUCUACUUCUACUACUACCCCAUCUUUGAUUCCUUCGACUUUGGCUUCAAUGCUAUGUACAACAAUCCUGUUAUUCUCGCCGAGCAGAACUAUGCAGGAAUCACUCACAACAAUAGUUUCUCCACCCACUACAGCUACGCUACUCUCCCUUUAUUUGUCAUAGAAUUCACAACAGACCUUAAAAUCCCACCGAUUAUUAAACCAGGCGUUCACGUCCCCACUACCAGUCCCUCAGAUGAAACGGUUGUAACAUUCACCGUUUAUAACUCCAUGAGUUCAGAUUUCCAGUGCUACAGAAACUCUAUUAGAUUACUGAACAAUUGGAAAACCAAGUUAGAAAUGACAGAUGAAGCGAUCCAUAUCAUUUUAAAGUAUCCCCUGAUAUCAGACGGUGGGUACUACCAAUGCUCCAUUAGUUACGAUGUAGUUUACAUUAGUUCCCCGGUGUAUGUUCACGUGGAGAAGCCUAUAAGAUCCUACAGAGCCUCUACAACAGUGUCAGCCACAUCAGCGUCCCUAACCUGGGAACUUCUCACUCUACUCGGACAUUUCCACAUCUACCAAGGACAGUACGUGGUGAGUCUCUCUGAGCACCCUCCUCUACUCACCUCUAACAACUCAGUUAGUUUUAACCAUCUCACCCCUUAUCACAACUACACGUGGCAUGUAAUGAGCCCUUAUCAGACCCCUUUAACUGACCCUCAAGUCUUCAGAACAACCUCCGCGAUCCCAACCUCGAGUGUUGGUAAAAUCAGUGUUAUCAGAGAAACAACAUUGUUGAAUUUAACUUGGGCCACCUUCCAACAGCCGCAGUGGCACGACAGUUUCGUCUUCUUCACCGUGCGCGUUACCUCUAAAUCCAACCGGUCCGAAGAGAUCAAGGAAUGGUCUGUUAAGAGGUACUCGGAGGACGUGAUGCUGACAAAGCUAUACCAAGCGACCCAGUACAACGUGUCAGUGACAGCCUGUAACUCAAUAGGAUGCAGCACCAACACUACCAACCUCACUCUCGUCACCAAGCACGUGGAGCUCCGGAAACGACCUGUAGUCACCAUGACAACCAUUAGUUUAACACACGUUGAGUUGGUCACGACUAACGUUUCAGAUGGAGUUGAGACUUACCUGGAGCUUUUUCCAGGAGAUGGGUGUUUCUCCGCCCUACCCCUCCCCUCAUACAACCUGGUUAAACUCCAGAUCCCACUGUCCAGAUUGGAACACCUGGACACGUUCACCACGUACUCCUUGCGAGUCCAGUCUACUAAUGGUUAUUCCACCUCUCCCUGGUCCUCUUGUGUAUCCUUUAAAACUCCUUUUAACCGCCUCCAUGUCAUUAUUCCCUCACUUUGUCUUGCUCUGGUUUUCGUACUGCUGGCGGUUGUGAGGGCCCUCAUUAAGACAAGGUGCCCCGAUGUGGUGAACAAGCUGAAACAAGCUCUGGAACCGAAAUAUUUGAACAUUUUGCACGAGCAAGAUGAGUGGGACACAAGUAACGAAGUGGCAAUUAUUCAUACCAAAAUAGAAAACUGCAAUCUGUGAACUGAUAAUUGUCACGUUGUGCUCUCAAAAGUUGCCAUAUGAUAUGCCUUACCUGGAGACCCCAGGCUAUUAUAUUAUGUUCAUAAACAUAUGAAUAGAGAUUCGGAUAGAUUUCGAAUAUAGAUUCGGCGGAAUGAUAGGCUGAGCGUCGCCCAGUAAGCCCAGGCCACAACGAAAAUCAAAGCGACCAUACCAAGCUACAGACCAUAGGUGUUUAUACUUAUAUUUCUGGAUUUUCUAUACUUACAGAAAUGCUAAGAUUAAUAUAAGUGAUUUGGUUUUGGAUUUCACAUCCUGUAAAGCAGAUUAUAAUAUGAAAGUCAUACUCCAACUUGAUACGAGUCAUGCAUAAUUUAGCUGUGUUUUAUUUAAAUUAUUUAUGCUCAUGCUAUUACAAUUAAUUAUUUCCGUGCAAUAUCUAUCUAAUCAGUUAUAAGACAUUUAUUUUACUUUUUGGAUUAUAUCAUUAUUCACAAAAUUUGAGAUUAGAGAGAAUUGUAAAACGUAUAACUGUAAGUAAAAACGAAUUAAUAUUACAGCCGGAG